UGAAAGUUACUGUGGGAAAGAAAGUUUGGGAAGUUUCACACGAGCCGUUCGCGUGCAGUGCCGGAUAUAAAUAGAAGCCACAGGCGGAGCGGCAGACACUCCGAGUGUGGCUGCGCUACUGAGCUGACGGCGGAACUUACCUCAGGAUUGUGGACUUUUCUCUGACACACGAGUGGAUCCUAUUUGUCUGCUUCUUUUGUGGGAUACUUCGCGAUCAUGCCUGCUGACCUGAUGGAGAAGACGUCCUCGUCUCCGGUGGCCGCGACCCCGGCGAGCAUGAACACGACCCCGGAUAAACCCAAGACCGCCUCCGAGCACAGAAAGUCCUCCAAGCCCAUCAUGGAGAAGAGGAGGAGAGCCCGGAUCAACGAGAGUCUGGGGCAGCUCAAGACCCUCAUCCUGGACGCACUCAAAAAAGAUAGCUCCAGACACUCGAAGCUGGAGAAGGCGGACAUCCUGGAGAUGACCGUGAAGCAUCUGCGGAACCUCCAGAGAGCGCAGAUGACCGCCGCUCUCAACACGGAUCCCACCGUUCUGGGAAAAUACCGCGCCGGUUUCAGCGAGUGCAUGAACGAGGUGACCCGGUUCUUGUCCACCUGCGAAGGAGUCAACACCGAGGUCAGGACGCGGCUGCUGGGCCACCUGGCCAACUGCAUGACCCAGAUCAACGCCAUGAACUACCCCAGCCAGCAUCAGCACCAGCUCCCCUCCGCCGCCGCCCCUGCGCACGCCUCUUUCGGCCAGUCCAUGGUGCAGAUCCCCAGUUCAUCCCCACAGGUGCUGCCCAUGAACGCGGUGUCCUGCAAAGGUCCGUCUUCGCCGGUCAGUUUGCCGAGCGACGCCACUAAAGUCUACGGCGGUCUCCAGAUUGUUCCCGCCCCAGACGGACAAUUCGCCUUCCUCAUCAACGCUGCAUUUGCGCCGAACGGUUCCGUCAUUCCGGUGUACGCCAACAACGUCAGCACGCCGGUACCGGUCCCGGCAGCGGUGUCUCCCGGGGGCCAGUCGGGCAAUACGGACUCAGUGUGGAGACCUUGGUGAAAUGCUUCGGAGGAAAAAAGGACUUUUCAAAACAACACUUAGUAGUUCUCAUCGUUAGUUAAUUUCUUCAGAAUGGAAAUGCACUAUAUUUGUACAGAGAGUACGGUUCAUAUUGAAAUAAGUUUGUAUUGUGGAAGUCUGUUCACUGUUUUUAUAAAUAUAUAUAUUUGACUCUUUUUUUUACCGUGUAAUGCCAAAGAUAUGUUGAAUGCGCUUAUUAUGUUCUUCAUUUUGGAAGACAAUAAAUUUGUA